AUUCCAACCCUUGACAUUAAUACCCAACUCCAAACGGGCGAUACAAAUUAAACCACCUAUACCCGGGUCAACCCGCCCCAUCCUCUUUUUUUCUUCUUCUUCUUCUUCAUCUCCCCCAAACCAAUACCAUCAGAAACAAAAAAAAAAAAAAAGAAAAAAGAAAACCAAUUAGGGCUCCGAUGGCUCUCAGACAAUCACAGCGCCUCGCUCUCCUCGCGUCUUCCCAACGCGCCGCCGCAUCAAUCCACACAACCCUCCCGGUGUUAGCCGACGGCUUCUCCUCUCCGGCGCCGUACUCCAGGCCAGGUCCACCGGCGACGGGUUCUCCGGCAGGUUUAUCGAAGACGGCUGAGUUUGUGAUCUCGAAGGUGGAUGAUCUGAUGAAUUGGGCCCGUCGUGGAUCAAUCUGGCCCAUGACGUUUGGGCUGGCGUGUUGUGCGGUUGAAAUGAUGCAUACCGGAGCUGCUAGGUAUGAUUUGGAUCGGUUUGGGAUUAUUUUCAGGCCUAGCCCUAGACAGUCUGAUUGUAUGAUUGUUGCUGGUACUCUCACUAACAAGAUGGCCCCUGCACUCAGAAAGGUGUAUGACCAGAUGCCAGAGCCACGGUGGGUGAUUUCAAUGGGCAGCUGUGCAAAUGGUGGUGGAUACUAUCACUACUCAUACUCUGUUGUUAGGGGUUGUGACAGAAUUGUACCAGUCGACAUUUAUGUCCCUGGUUGCCCACCCACAGCCGAGGCCCUUUUAUACGGGCUUCUUCAACUGCAGAAAAAGAUCAACAGGCGUAAAGACUUCCUUCACUGGUGGACCAAGUGAGACCUGCAUCAUGUUAUAUGGGCCCGGUAUGCAUUAUACCAAAUAAGUUGUGUAUUCGCUCUUCCUGCUUAUGUAUUCGUGUAGAAAGUGCAAUUAUGAGACACCUCAAAAAUGGGUUUUGUAUGUUUUUUUCUCGAUCUAUGAUAUUAUGGCUUGGUUAAUUUUCUCAAAUAGUGUUUUUGAAUGUGUA